AUGUUAGCCCGACGCAUCACACGAACAGCGGUGGUAGCUCCGCGCUCCUUGCGAGCUUUGAGCUCCACUGCCGCUCCCCAGCGUGCGCCGACCCUAGCCGACAUUACCCACGAAGGUGUAGAUUCGUUCAAUGCGAAGCAGAAGGAGUUCCGUGAGCAGUUGGUGAAAAGGCAGCAGGAGAGAGAAGCAAGUAGGUUCAGUAUCAGUUCUUCUGAUGACGCGUCUUUUACCCCUGCCUACAGAGUCACCCAGGGACUGGGCUCAUUGAGCACUUCGACAGGACAGCGAGCCGAGCUAUCCAACAAGGAACCCGAUCGACCAGAUGGCCUCCUCUCUCGUGUCAUCUACGGUACCAAGGAGGGGCGCGAGAUGGAUGCCCAGCUCGAAGCUAGUUUCUCAGCCGUCUUGGCCCGAGGGAAGUACGUCCACUCUAUCGUGUUUCAUGAGGUGAAGCCCGACAAGGUCGAGGAAUACAUAAAGCUGGUGGGCCACUGGUACCCUCGUAUGGCGUCCUUGGAGGAGAAUAAAGUUCACCUCGUCGGAAGCUGGAGAACCGAGGUGGGCGACUGUGACACAUUCGUUCAUAUUUGGGAGUACCAGCGCUACCAAGGCUAUCACCAGUCUCUGCACUCGAUUUCUAGGCAUCCCGACUUCCCCGAGUUCGAUAAGAAAUUGAAGACGCUCAUCAGGUCGAAGAAUACAUCGAUCAUGCAAGAAUUCUCUUUCUGGCCGACCACCUCCCCCCGCCGACUGGGCGGUCUCUUCGAGCUGCGUUCCUACACUCUCCAACCUGGAAAUCUUCUCGAAUGGGAAACGCACUGGCGACGAGGUCUCAAGGCGCGUAGGGAGGUCAUGGAAGGCGUCGGAGCUUGGUUUGUCCAAAUCGGCGACCUCAAUACCGUGCACCACCUGUGGCAGUUUGCCAACUUGGAAGAACGCAAGGUUCGGAGAGAGGAGAGCUGGAAGCAGGAGGGCUGGGCCGAGACGGUGCACAAGACGGUGCCCCUGAUUCAGACGAUGAAGUCGAGGAUUCUGAUCCCGAUGCCGUGGUCAGCUGUGGCAUAACACCGUCUUGUUUAUUUUCUGUCUAGGAAGUGCGAGGUAUAAAUAGGUAAACUAGCAGCCAGUGGAUCUUGAACCGCGAUGGAAAGCAUUUGCUACGGAGAAUUGGAGUUUGGAAGGUGGAUUUUCCCUUUUCGCGGUCGAGCUGCGAGCUAGGAUAGUGAGAGUAACUCGAUACUUAUUAAGCUAAGGGUAGGGGGUCGAAGGGGUGGAAGUUGAAGAGGAGAGGGAGGUAUGAGGACGGCAAUGCAACGAGUUCCGUUUCGAGCUUAAACUAUAACCUUUGCCACAGGUUUGUUACCUGCUUAAAGAAAAACCCGGGUGAGGUCCGCAG